AUGGAUGCAAGAUUCUUGUACCCCUUGGAAAGCUGUAAAAUCAUCCACUUGUUGCGACAUGGACAAGCGAUGCACAAUGUAGCAGCCGAGAAAGAUAGGAAUGCGUUGUUGUCUCCUCAUCUUUUUGACGCUCCACUUACUGAUCAUGGUCACGAACAGGUUGAGACCCUCCGCGAACGUGUUGUUUCAAGCGGGCUACUAAAGAGGGUUGAACUAGUUGUAACCUCUCCCUUGUUGAGAACUAUGCAAACCGCAGUUGGAGUUUUUGGAAAUGAAGAUAAACAACAAAAUGUCACAAGCAGCCCUUCCAUUGUGGCACUUGAGGUUGCUCGAGACCGUAAUGGAGUCCGUCCUCCUGAUAUGAGAAGAAACGUGAGCGAGUAUCAAACUCUUUUUCCCACCAUUGAUUUUUCUCAGAUUGAAAGUGAAGAGGACAAUCUAUGGAGGCCCGAUGUCCGAGAAUCCGAAGAAGAGAUUUUUGCGAGAGGGUUAGAAUUCAUGAAAUGGUUGUGGAAAAGACCAGAGAAGGAGGUCGCAGUUGUUAGCCAUGGCAUAGUUUUGCAGCAUAUGUUGUAUGUGUUCGCAAACGAUUGCGACGACUCAAUUAGACAUGAACUUUGCAAGAGGUUUGCUAAUUGUGAAAUUCGUACUGUUGUUAUUGUAGACAAAGGCAUCGGUUCUUCUACAGAAAGUUGAUUCCACGGAGAAAGUUUCAAAGCGUUUACCAAGUCUUUAUUUAAAUCAGAAGAUAAAGUUACUUAAAUUCAUUUUAUUGUUUUAUUCUCUUGAAGCUCACUAUUGCUAAGUCGAGCUUGUUCUGGUUACGUGCGCCCCCCCACCCUCCCCCUUUCGCUUAUCUACUGUUCGUCUCCUGCAUUAUUUUAACAGUUGUAUUAAAUAAAUGUAAUUAAAAAAUCACAUGAUAUAAUAAUAAAUACAAAGAUUUAUUGGUUAAAAAUAAAAUAUAUAUACAUCCGCAAUUUGUUUUCGAGUUUGUAUAGCGUGUGAGAUGUUGUCAUGGAGUGUAGAAUACGGUUUACUUGAG